AUGCCAUCAACUCCAAUUAUAAAUGAUGAUGAUGAAACACCAUCUGAUAUAAUCAUCAAAAAUGAACUAGUGAAGGAUAUAGAUAAUGAAAUAGAUUUCAAACAAUCUUUUAAACAAGAUGAAUUUUUUUCUUUUUUUAAUUUAAACGAUAACAUUGAACAUAUAUAUAUUAAAACUGAAGAUUCUGAUGACGAAAAUAAUAUUACAGAAAUUAUAAUCGAGGAAAUUGACAAAGUAUUUCAUUCAACUUGUACAAUCAUGACUAUGGAUCUAAAAGCUGAAAAUAUUACUAAAUGUCAAAACUCUAGUAUUCGAAAAUUAUGGCAGUUGGUUGGAAUUUGGGAAGUUAAUUCAGAAUCUGUUAAAGAAGUAAAGGCUGAACCUAGUAAACUCAGUGUUUGUAAAACACAUUUUAAUUUGGAUCAAACCUUUCAUAAAACAGGUCUUAAAGCAAAAAUAUCAAAAGAAUAA